GUUUUGCGCGGAAUUGCUGCCUGGGUGCAUCCACACGAAAGAAGGAAAAUGUUCUUCGUUGUGCGAAAAGUCUUUGAAUUCUGUGAUCAUCUCGACAAGAAUUGGAGUCAUCCUCUUGCGCAGUAUCCACUUGUGCGCAGCCCCAGUGCAAUUGCAGUCAUUGUAGCCCUUUAUGUGGUGUUUGUGUACAAAUGGGGCCCCAAAAUGAUGAUGGAUCGCAAACCGUUCAAUUUGCAACGAACAAUCAUUGUCUACAAUGCCCUUCAGGUGAUCCUCAAUGCGAUCAUCUUCAUUGAAUCCAGCCACCUCUACUUGCAGCUGUAUGAUCUGCGGUGCCAACCUGUGGACUACAACGUCAGCCCCAAGACCGUACGAUUGGCACGUAUCAGCUACAUUUACUGCCUCACGAAAUUCUUUGACUUCCUCGACACAGUAUUCUUCGUGUUGCGAAAGAAGAAGUUUCUCUUCCUACACAGCUACCACCAUGCUGGGAUGGCUGUGGUGUGUAGUUUCCUCUACAAAUUCGUCGCAAACAGCCACUUUAUCCUCAUGGGCAUCAUCAAUAGCUUCGUUCACGUCCUCAUGUACUGCUACUAUGAAUUGGCAGCCAUUAAUCCGGACUAUAGGAAUAAUCUCUGGUGGAAGAAGUACAUCACACAGCUACAGAUUUUUCAAUUUGGUAUAAUUUUCCUGCACCUCACAACGGGAUUCUUCUCCAAUUGUGGCCUCCCAAAGAUCCUCCUGAUCCUCCUUAUGUGCCAAACUCUCUUCAUCACCCUCAUGUUCUCUGACUUCUACUAUAAGAACUACAUUGCAAAGAAACAAUCUGCAAAGCAGGUGAAGCAGCAGUAAUAAAAAAAAAAACUCAUUUUUUUCUCUAUUUUCAGAGAGUUUUGUUUUUAAACAAAAAUGCCAAAUAAAGUUUAAUUCUUUAAAUAAAAGAAUU